AUGUGUCAUAGGAUCCCAUCACUCAACGUUUUCUCUGGAGAACUGAAAAACUUGCCCAUUCCACCAUUGAUCUGUCCUUUUUCUAGCAAACAAGUGCAACCCCCCUGGCCAGCAUCUAGCGAGGUUUCUGGCCUCAAAAAGGUAGUCAUAACGAUUCAGUUGUCAGGCGUCACCUUCACCUCCAGUCUUAUCAACGGUCUGGUUAUCAUCGGAUUACCAGCAAUCACAAAAGACCUUCAACUACCACCCUCUUUAGCCUUUUGGCCGGCAUCAGUCUCUGGCCUGGCGACAGCUUCUAGUCUGCUGCUGGCUGGAGCGAUUGCCGAUGUCCUGGGGCCAAGAUGGGUUGAUCUUGUUGGUUGCUUUGCGAGCGGAGCUCUGAUGAUUGGAUCAGGGGUAUCUCGUCAAGGAACGGAACUCGUUGCUUUCCGGGCUCUUCAAGGAAUCGGCUUGGGAAUGCAUCUUGCCUCGUCAGUUGCUAUCAUCACGCAGGUUCUUCCUCACGGCCGAGGCCGCAACAUGGCGUUUUCUUUCCUUGGUCUAAGUCAGCCUCUUGGUUUCUCGAUUGGCUUGGUUCUAGGCGGUGUCUUUGCUGAUACUAUUGGCUGGCGAGCGGGAUGGUACCUUUCAGGGGCCUUGACUCUCUUCUUUUCUGUUGUGGGCUUGUGGGCACUUCCGACAAGGCAGGAUGACCGCAGUCUGAACGAUAUUCUACGAGAUUUUCGAACCAAAGUCGAUUGGGCUGGCGCCAUCCUCGCAUCUACAUUCAUGACACUGCUGUGUUAUCUACUAGCGGUUCUGAGUGCGGAUGUGGAAAUAAUUCGUCAGCCUGGGAGCAUCGUUAUGCUUUGUCUAAGCACAAUUGCUUUUCUCGCCUUUGUCGGUUGGGUUCAUCGUCAGGUUCUAGUGAAGAAGCCAGCUUUGAUCCCAAACUCCCUUUGGAAAAAUUCGACCUUUUCUAGUAUUUGCGUCACUAUUGCACUGUCAUUUGCUGUCCUAAAUUCUAUGGAACUGUUCUGCAGCUUGUUUUUUCAAGAGAUCCAGCACCUGCCAGCUCUUCAAACGUCCAUCCGAAUCUUGCCCUGCACACUAGUUGCUGCACUUGUCAAUAUCGGCGUGGGUCUUUUCGUCCACAAGAUUCCUGCUAUUUGGAUCGUCACUGUCACGUCGGUACUCUGUGCCGGCUCUCCUUUACUCAUGGCUGUUAUCGACCCCUCUUGGCCUUAUUGGGGCAAUGCAUUUGUGGCACAGAUAUUACAACCUAUUAGUUGUGAUGCACUCUUUACGGUUGGUUUGAUCAUCAUUACCGAUGUCUUCCCCGAAGAUACGCAGGCACUCGCAGGGGCAGUUGCGCUGGGUCUAGCUAUCCUUCAGGUGAUAUCCACACAAGUGACAAAGGACUCAAAUAGUAAAGGCAAAGUGGUUGCGCUCAUGCAAGGGUAUAGGGCCAGCUUUUGGACGAUGUUUGGCAUGAUGCUACUCUGCACGAUUGUUGGACUACUAGGGUUGAGGAAAGCGGGACGAGUUGGCCUCAAACGGGAUUAA